CCGCGCUCCCUCAACCGGCACCACCCGGGAGCCGUUACGGCGCGUGCUCAGUCACUCGAAGGUCUCGGGGACGGCCGGAACCGCCGCUGCGCAUGCCCCGUCCCGCUUGAGCCGGAAGUGGUUGGUUUGUUGCGUGACACGUCGCACCGGGGCGGCAGCCGGGGGGAGGGAUUCUCUCAGCGCUGCGAGGAGGGGUUGCCAGAUAAUUUGCAAUGUCUGGGUUUGACAAUUUCAAUACAGAUUUCUACCAAACAAGUUAUAGUAUUGAUGACCAGACAAACUCCUAUGAUUACAAUGGAAGCGGAGAACCAUACAAUAAACAAUAUAGUGGCUAUGACUACUCUCAGCAAAGUGGAUUUGUCCCUCCAGAGAUGAUUCAGCAACAGCAGCCUUACACCGGGCAGAUUUACCAGCCAACACAAACAUACACUCCAACUACAGCACAGUCUUUCUAUGGAAGCAAUUUUGAGGAUGAGCCACCCUUACUAGAAGAAUUAGGGAUCAAUUUCGACCACAUCUGGCAGAAGACACUAACAGUUCUACACCCAUUAAAAGUAGCAGAUGGCAGCAUCAUGAAUGAAACUGAUUUGGCAGGACCAAUGGUCUUCUGUCUUGCCUUUGGAGCCACGUUAUUGCUGGUUGGUAAAAUUCAAUUUGGGUAUGUGUAUGGAAUUAGUGCAAUUGGAUGUUUAGGAAUGUUUUGCCUGCUGAACUUAAUGAGCAUGACGGGCGUCUCGUUUGGCUGUGUUGCUAGUGUCCUGGGAUACUGUCUUCUUCCUAUGAUCCUCCUUUCCAGUUUUGCAGUUAUAUUUUCCUUGCAGGGAAUGAUGGGAAUUGUUCUCACUGCUGGAAUUAUUGGAUGGUGCAGUUUUUCUGCUUCCAAAAUCUUCAUUUCUGCCUUAGCAAUGGAAGGACAACAGCUUCUAGUAGCAUAUCCCUGUGCUUUAUUAUAUGGAGUCUUUGCUCUUAUUUCUGUGUUUUGAACUGUCUAUUCUGAUUACUGGACUUCAGUGGGCUAAACUGAAAGGAGAAAGGAAAAAAAAAAACCCCUUGGAACGCUUAAUUGGACUAGCAAACAGCUACGUCGCUGCUAUCAUGCAAACUUAACUCUUGAAUUGUCUGAUGGAGCAAUGGAAACAAACAUGUUUUGUUCACUUUUAUAGGACUCGUGAAUACUGUUUGAAUUGACCUGCAGUGUCUAUAGCUAAGUUUUCAUGCUUAUACAGUUAAAUAUGUAAUGUUUCUUUAUCAUUUCUACAGCCUUUAGAAAAGUAACUUUGGGGGGUUUUGGGAGAGUUGGGGUGGGAGGAGAAGUGGAGUUGUAGUUAUAUUUGGUAGGUUUUUAAUCAGCAAAAGUAAAUGAAACUACAGACAUUGCAGUCUUUAUUAAAAAAAAAAAAAAAAAAAACCCCAAACAAUCUUUGGCCAGCCCAAUUUCUGUCACCUCUAUUGCAAAGAGUUUCUUAAGCAAGUUGAAAAUUGCAUAUUUUCUGUAUUUUAACAAAUACUCUUUAAGCUGUUGUUUAUACAAUGUCGGUAUUUCAGAAUUCGAUAUGCAAUUUAAAUUGUUUAAUUUGAAAACAAAUCCUUUAGUCAAAAUUAUACAAAUUAAUUUCAGACUUGAAACGUGAAUGUGUUUAGAUGUUAGCACCAGUUUAAGUGGUUAUACCUUCUUGGGUUUACCAAGAUUACUUGCAGGAGCUUGUUCUAAUAAUGCACGUAUUAAUGGCUCAAGGGUAGACUUUUUUUUUUUUCUCUCUUUUUUUUUUUUUUUUUUUUUUUUGGAAGUAUUACUUCCAGGGGAAAAAACCCACCAUUUUGAAAAGCAUAUUAAAGUGUCAUGGUUGUCAGUAUUGCAGUUAUUGUAAAGGUCAUUUGAUGCAUAUUGAUUAAAUUUUCCCCUAAAUAAUUUUGAGCUGGAAUUGACUUUCUAACCCUCUUUCUGCUUUAUAGUUUUGAAUGUCCAUAAUAACUAGAGAAUUUCAACUAUUAAAAUGAAAUUAGAACUUUCACAUUUGGAAUAAUCCACAACACUUAAAUAAAACAGCAAUACUCUCCCUU